GUCCCUGCGGUGUCAAGAAGAACAAGUUUAAAUUACGAGAAUAAUAUAAAAAAUGAGCUUGAACACAGUCAUUCAAUAUAAGAAAGAAGCCUUAUUGCACAUAAAGAGUAUUACACAGGAUGCCAUCGGUUGCACAGCUCCAGGGUAGAAACUGCUGUCUCUGUUCUGAUGCUCCUGUAUCGUUCGCCUCACAGCUGCAGUGGGAACAGAUUAUGAGCGCGGUGUAACAAGUUUUUGAUAUUUGCUGCUUUUCUGAGACAGCGAGAGCGGUGCGGUUCGUCCAGACAGGGUAAAGACCAGCCGAGGAUCCUCGGGGCAGUCUUAGCUGGAAAACCACACGGAGGCAGCAGCACAGGAUGCGCUCCAUAGAACAGGGAUAGGAGGACACCAGUCGCCCCCUGGGUUCUGUCUCAGGGACAGAAGAUAAACACAUAUAACAGUCCGCAGUAGUCUGAGUCUCUGUGCUAGUUCUUUUGUUUUGAUAGUCCUUCUGUGUCUCGUUGGUUACCUGGUGUGUGUACACUGUGUAGGUGUCCUUUGUCACGUGGUCACUGUGUGUUUCCUGGAUUCAGGAUCACUUUUUUCUCCCUGCUGCUUUACCCGAGUUUUUCUGUAGUGAUGUUUCCAUCAUCAAAGCUGUUUCCUGAGUUCUAGUUCAGUCUGCAGAGUCGUGCAUUUGGCCAGCAGGUGGCUUUCAUUCUUCUCUCUGUGUGAAAGAAUGAAAACAGUACCAUUUUUUACUGGGACCCCACAGCACAGGGCCCACUGUGGGUCCGAGUGUUGUUCAUGGUAAGCACUUAGUUAUGGAAAGGAGAAGAGCCGGCACUUUGAUUUAACAAAGUAACGAAGGCUGUUUCAGUCUGACGGCCUAAUGAUUUAAAUCAGACGUUUUUCCUGAGAGAUCAGAGGUCAGAGGUCAAAGGUGUCUCUUUUAUUCAGGCUUGUCACGGCUGUCACAGGGUGGCAGGUAGGGUACACCUGUACAGGUCACAGGUGUGUGAUGGACAGGCCUUUUACUCCGAGCUCAAAGCUGAAGUGAAGAGUUUGUGUUGGUGCCGUUCUCUGGAACCAGGUGUGUCAGGUGUUCCUCCGCCAGCUGCAUCUCACAGAGCUGGAGCUCCAUCAAGAAGAAGUCAGCCUUUGCAUCCACUUACUGCACCUGCCCCAUCCCCUCUUGACUCACCUGGUCGCCAUGGUAACACCUCUCCCUCCACGCCACAAUGAAUCAGUCAGAGCGUGUCGGAGAAACCCGAGCAGGCGUGGAGGCUCGCAGUCACCUGAGCCGAGCCGCUGCUGAAUGUUUGAUGGAGGCUGUCAGCAGGAACACCUGAGCAGGUAGAAGCUUCGAGCUGCAGGUCGAGGUAGGAACACCUGAGCAGGUAGCGACUGGAUCGGGACGCUGCGAGGCUUCAGCAGGCAGGUGAUGAUUUCAGGAUGUCUGACGGCAGGCAGCGCACUCUGUCCACCUCUGGAGAGUCUUUGUAUCAGAUCCUGGGGCUGGAGAAAGGCUGCAGCCAUGACGACAUCAAGAAGUCGUACAGGAAGCUGGCACUGCGGUACCACCCCGAUAAGAACCCGGACAACCCGGAGGCGGCGGAGAAGUUCAAGGAGCUAAACAGCGCCCACGCCGUCCUGAGUGACCUCACCAAGAGGAACAUCUACGAUUCGUAUGGCUCGCUGGGACUCUACGUGGCCCAGCAGUUUGGAGAGGACAACGUCAACACCUACUUCAUGCUGUCCACCUGGUGGGCCAAGGGUCUGUUCGUGCUCUGUGGGAUCCUCACCGGCUUUUACUGCUGCUGCUGUCUCUGCUGCUGCUGCAACUGCUGCUGCGGCAAACUGAAGCCGCCACCCACGGGAGAGGGGGCGGAGCCAGACUACGCCUCCCCCGACGACCUGGAGGAGGAGAUCCGAAAUGAAUCCGAAAACGACGUUGAAGCUCCAAUCGUCCACCAGCCGACAAACGCCAGCGAGAAAACUCAGCUGAUUGGCGAUGGCCACCGCAGGUACGGGGACACCUACACAUGAAGACGGGAAGUGCAUCACUGCGUCUACGACCACGAGCUGAAGCCCGACUGUGAAGCGCGGCUGCAGGAAAGCUCCUCCAGUUUAAAGCUUACUCUGAGUUUCUGUUUCUAUCUUCCUCCGAGGACAGGAAACCACCAAAGUCCUCCUGUGUGCAAACUGUCUCUGUGUUUUAGUGUCCUGUGAGGAGACCAUCUUCAUCACCUGCUGUUCAGUUAUUAUUGUAGCUGAAGCAAGGCUGUGAUUGGUUGUUUUUGGGAAGAAGAGGUGGAGCUUCGGAUGUCACAUGAUGAUGUAAAUAAUGUUUCGGUCUGAAGUUUGUUUCUUUUAAUUUGUUAUCAUCUGUGAACUCAAAUAAACCUGAUGACACACCUGUGGUCAACUCACCUGGAA